AUGAGGGGCCGGAGGGGUGACCGGAUGACCAUCAACAUCCAGGAGCACAUGGCCAUCAACGUGUGCCCUGGCCCCAUUCGACCCAUCCGGCAGAUCUCUGACUACUUUCCUCGGCUAGGGCCUGAGGGUGGCAGGAGUGGAGCAGGCCCCCAAGCCCAGCUCUCUCCAGGGACUGGGGCUGCAGCUACCCCCAGCCUAACCCCCCUGGCUCUGUCCUCUGGGGCUGGUAUUCGAGGGGCUGGGGCCUCUGAGGAGGGGGCCGAAGUGGACAGCUAUGACUCAGAUGAUACCACUGCCCUGGGUACCUUAGAGUUUGACCUUCUCUAUGAUCAGGCAACUUGCACUCUCCAUUGCAGCAUCCUCAGGGCUAAGGGUCUCAAGCCCAUGGACUUCAACGGCCUGGCUGAUCCCUACGUCAAACUACACCUCCUGCCAGGGGCCUGCAAGGCCAACAAGUUGAAGACCAAGACUCAGAGGAACACAUUGAACCCUGUGUGGAAUGAAGACUUAAUGUACCGGGGGAUUACUGAUGAGGACAUCACCCGAAAGGUACUCAGGAUCUCUGUUUGUGAUGAGGACAAGCUGAGCCACAAUGAGUUCAUUGGGGAGACCCGGGUACCACUUCGCCGUCUCAAACCUUCCCAGAAGAAGCACUUUAACAUCUGUCUGGAGCGACAGGUCCCGUUGGCAUCACCUUCCUCCAUGACAGCUGCUCUGAGAGGUAUUUCCUGUUAUCUGAAAGAGCUGGAGCGAGCAGAGCAGGGCCAAGGCCUGCUGGAGGAGCGGGGACGAAUACUGCUCAGGCUCACCUACAGCUCUCAGCGUCACGGGCUGCUUGUGGGUAUUGUUCGAUGCGCCCAUCUUGCAGCCAUGGAUGUCAACGGCUACUCAGACCCCUACGUCAAGACAUACCUGAGGCCAGAUGUUGAGAAGAAAUCAAAGCACAAAACAUCAGUGAAGAAGAAAACUCUGAAUCCUGAGUUUAAUGAGGAAUUCUUCUAUGAGAUGGAGCUACCGGCUCUGGCCACGAAGACCUUAGAGGUCACCGUCUGGGACUAUGACAUUGGCAAAUCUAAUGACUUCAUUGGUGGAGUGUCCUUGGGUCCCAAUUCACGGGGAGAGGCUCUGAAGCACUGGGGGGACUGUCUUCGACAACCAGAUACGACCCUGGAACGCUGGCACACCCUGACCAAUGAACUGCCCCCUGCUGCUGCCUCCUUCUCCACCUAA